AUGGACGGAGACGGGCCAACGUUUGUGAGCACACUUACUUGUCAAAGUUUACGUCGUGGAAAAGCGAACGUGUCGUGCGGUUCUGGGACAGUCGGGGAAACCAUCAUGAAGAAUCUUCAAACACGGCAGUGUCAAGGUCAAGCAAAGCUCGAAGGCCACUCUCGAACGAUCAUCUUCUCGCAAUCACAAAAUCCCCUCAAAAAGCGAAUCAAAGCAGACGCAACAGCAGCAACAGAAAAUGCCGCUACCCACCACCACACAAAGCACCAAGAGGCCCCUGAAGAGGACCCAAGCCCUCGGCAUCAUUCACCGUCCCAUGCCAAACCAAGAACCUUUCACGCACAAGGCCCCCAAACGAACAGAGUCCAACGGCAUUAUGCACCGCCCAUCGAGCUGCCCCUUGCCUACACACAGAGCCACGCCCAAGCGCACCGAGUGUGA